AUGGUGAAAGGCAACCUGAGUGUCACCCCAGAGUUUCUCCUCCUGGGACUGUCAGAGGUGCCUGAACACCAGCCCUUCCUCUUCUGUCUGUUCCUGACCAUGUACCUGGUCGCCGUAGUGGGGAACCUGCUCAUUGUCCUGGCCAACAGCGCCACCUCCACCCUCCACAUCCCCAUGUACUUCCUCAUAGCCAGCCUGUCCUGCGUUGAUGUCUGCUUCACCUCUGUCACUGUACCAAAGAUGCUGCUAAACAUGCACGCCCAGAGCCAAUCCAUCUCCUACGGCCGGUGCCUCGCCCAGAUGUAUUUUCUCAUCUUGUUUCUAGAACUGGACAAUGUCCUCUUGGCACUGAUGGCGUAUGACCGAUUUCUGGCCAUAUGUCACCCUCUUCACUACACCACCACCAUGAGCCCCAAGUUCUGCAUCAUGUCAGUGUCCGUGGCUCUGAUUGUCACAAAUGUCUAUCCCCUGGUCCACACCCUCCUGAUGACCAUCCAAAGGCUGCGUUCUUCCCGGGGCAAGCUGAAAGCCUUUUCCACGUGCAGUUCCCACCUGGCUGUGGUGUCACUAUUCUAUGGGACCCUCUUCGGGGUGUAUCUGCGCCCUUCCUCCUCCUACACAGCCGAGGACUCGGCGGCCACGGUGCUUGCUAUCUAUCCAAACCCCGACUGCCCCGUGCAGUUUUACUGCGAGUGGAAUGAAACACAAGUAACGGGGCAUGUUUUGUGCCGGGCACCGCUUUCAGGGGGCGUAUGCAAUUAUUCAGUGUCCCAAACAUUCUGUGAUGGAGACGCUGCCAUCGUCCGCGUCUUCUAG